AUGAUGAACGGUCUACGAAACGACUACAGCGAUGAUAAUCUAUCAGACGACGAGAGCUCGCCACUCACUGAAAAUAUUUAUGGAGGAAGUACGAGGACAGUCCAGGAAACGAAAGGAUGGGACGUGUUCCGGGACCCUCCCAGCAAGGAGGUAUCGAGUUCCAUGGCCGACCAGAAGUGCCUGGAAACCACCGUCAAAUUGUUCAAAGUCGUAGCCUAUUUAGUCACCUUCGUCAUAGUGCUGGUAUGCGGCGUAAUAGCGAAAGGCACCAUACUGUUUAUGACGUCACAGCUCAAGGCGGAUAAAGUGAUAUCUUAUUGUAAUAGAGAUUUAGGUAGGGAAAAACAAUUCAUAGUCAAAUUACCCACCCCCGAGCGGGUGGCCUGGAUGUGGUGCGUGUUCUUCGCGUUCGGCAUCCCGCAACUGGGCGCGCUCUUUCGCUCCACCAGGAUGUGCUUCUUCAAGUCUUCGAAGCGGCCGCCCUUCGCGCACUUCCUCAUCGUCUUCGCGGCGGAGACCGCCCACACGAUCGGGCUGGCGCUGCUCUUCUUCCACAUACUGCCCGACAUCGACGUGGUCAAGGGGGCCAUGUUGACGAACUGCCUUUGUUUCGUGCCUGCUGUCUUAGGUUUACUAUCGAGAAGUAGCAAGGAUUCCCAACGUUUCAUAAAAGUGAUAAUAGAUCUCAUAGCGAUAUCAGCCCAGGCGACUGGUUUCAUCGUUUGGCCAAUAAUUGAAGGGAGAGCCGACCUGUGGAUAAUCCCCAUAACGAUUUUCCUGAUCUCCAUUGGAUGGUGGGAGAACUACAUCUCGAAAUACUCGCCGCUUCCCUUCAUCAAAAGACUAGGGAAAAUCAAGGAUACCUUCGACGAGACGAGAUAUUUCACUUACAUGUUCAUAUCGACCUGGAAGAUACUGUGUUUUUUCAUCGCCAUUCUGUUUAUACUUUUGGCGAGAGAAGGAGAAAUUGCAUUUUUCUUCACCGAGUUUUCUGAAGGAUUUGGGGCUCAUCCCAUUACCAUUUUGGAGAUCAAGCCAGUCUUGGGCGGCACCUCGCUGCCCGACAUCUCCGAGAUCAUUCCCACGGGCGACGACACCAUCGUCCAGUCCAGCGACAUGACGCCCAUCUACGUCCUUAUGCUCAACGUCACCGCCUCCUACCUCGCCUACAUCGUCGGCAAGUUCGCCUGCAAGAUCAUGAUCCAGGGCUUCUCCUACGCUUUUCCCGUCAACCUCACCAUCCCCGUGUCCAUCUCGCUGCUGAUCACCGCCUGCGGCCUCAGAAACGGCGAUCCCUGCUUCUUCCACGACACCAUCCCGGACUACCUGUUCUUCGAGUCGCCGCCCGUGGUCUUCCUGAACGACUUCAUCUCGCACCAGCACGCGUGGAUAUGGCUGCUGUGGCUGCUGUCCCACACUUGGGUCACCAUCCACAUCUGGACACCCAAGUGCGAGAGGCUGGCGAGGACUGAGAAGCUGCAGGUCGUGCCGCUCUACGAAGGUCUCCUGAUUGACCAAAGUCUGGGUUUGAACAGACGGAGAGACGACGAAGCAGAUGUCAAACCUGAAGAUCUGGACGAGAUCCAAAAAGAAAAAGCCGACGAAUACUACGAGACCAUUUCGAACCAUACCGACGGAUCAUCACCGAAGACUGUCAAGAACUCCGACCACAUCACUAGGAUAUACGCUUGCGCUACCAUGUGGCACGAAAACAAAGAAGAAAUGAUUGAAUUCUUGAAAUCCAUCUUGCGAUUAGACGAGGAUCAGUCAGCCAGAAGAGUGGCUCAGAAGUAUCUGAGAGUAGUCGAUCCAGAUUAUUACGAAUUUGAAACUCAUAUUUUCUUUGAUGACGCCUACGAAAUAUCGGACCACAAUGAUGAUGACACUCAAGUGAAUCGUUUCGUGAAGCUUCUUAUAGCCACUAUUGAUGAAGCUGCUUCCGAUGUGCACCAAACCCAUAUUCGAGUACGUCCUCCAAAGAAGAUUCCCACGCCUUACGGAGGCAGAUUGAUCUGGCAGUUACCAGGGAAAACGAAGAUGAUAGCUCAUUUGAAAGACAAAAUGAAGAUCAGACACAGAAAGAGAUGGUCGCAGGUUAUGUAUAUGUAUUACCUCUUGGGCCACAGACUUAUGGAGCUACCGAUUUCUGUUGACAGAAAAGCUACGAUAGCAGAAAAUACUUAUCUUUUGACUCUAGACGGAGACAUUGAUUUCCAACCAUCGGCUGUGCUUUUACUUAUCGAUUUAAUGAAGAAGAAUAAGAAUCUGGGGGCUGCUUGUGGCCGAAUCCAUCCUGUAGGCUCUGGUCCAAUGGUAUGGUACCAACUUUUCGAAUACGCUAUUGGUCAUUGGCUACAAAAGGCUACUGAACACGUCAUUGGCUGUGUUCUUUGUAGUCCUGGUUGCUUUUCUCUUUUCAGAGGAAAAUCACUCAUGGACGAUAAUGUAAUGAAGAAAUACACAACAUGUUCUGCAGAAGCUAGACAUUAUGUGCAAUACGAUCAAGGGGAAGAUCGUUGGUUGUGCACCCUACUCUUGCAGAGAGGCUACAGAGUUGAGUAUUCAGCUGCUUCAGACGCCUACACUCAUGCUCCAGAAGGUUUCAACGAAUUCUUCAACCAACGUCGUCGUUGGGUACCAUCUACGAUAGCUAACAUUAUGGACUUACUCAUGGACUCCAAACGGACCAUCCAAGUGAACGACAACAUAUCCAUGCCCUAUAUCGGCUACCAAAUUCUGCUCAUGGGUGGUACCAUUCUCGGUCCUGGUACUAUAUUUCUUAUGUUGGUGGGAGCCUUCGUGGCUGCUUUCCAAAUCGACAACUGGACGAGCUUCUACUACAACAUUUACCCGAUCUUGUUCUUCAUGUUGGUUUGCUUCACUUGUAAAUCUAACAUACAGUUACUUGCCGCCCAAAUUCUAUCGACAGGUUAUGCACUGAUCAUGAUGGCCGUCAUAGUUGGUACUGCUCUCCAAUUGCGAGAAGACGGCGUCGGUUCACCGUCGGCCAUUUUCCUCAUAGCCAUGACAGGAUCGUUCUUCAUAGCGGCCUGUUUGCACCCCCAAGAGUUCUGGUGCAUCGUUCCCGGCAUCAUCUACUUGCUCUCUAUUCCUUCCAUGUACCUGCUAUUGAUUCUUUACUCGAUCAUCAAUCUGAAUAACGUUUCGUGGGGGACUAGAGAAGUUGCAGUUAAGAAAACCAAAAAGGAACUGGAGGAAGAAAGGAAAGCAGCAGAAACAGCCAAGAAGACAGUGAAGCAAAGAUCCCUUCUUGGAUUCCUCCAAAGUGGUGGCACGAAUGACGACGACGAGGGUAGCAUCGAACUUUCUUUUGCUGGACUGUUCAGAUGUAUGCUGUGCACACAUCAGAAAGCCGGAGAUGAAAAGGCACAGCUAAUGCAUAUCGCCGAUUCUCUCGAUGGUCUGGCUAAGAGAUUAGAGCACAUAGAAAGGGUUGUGGAUCCAAAUGCCCACCACACUAGAAGGAGAAGCAUGUCUGCCUCAUCCAGACUAGGUGACCAUCUGAAGCCAGUCAACGAGGAUCAAGAGCAGAGAGACUCCAGCGACGAUUCAGACGAAGACACGAUUUCUGUGACGCCGGGAAAUAAGCGAGAUGAUCUGAUCAACCCCUACUGGAUCGAAGACCCAGAUGUUGGUAAAGGCGAGGUCGAAUAUUUGGGCAGUAACGAGUUGGUGUUCUGGAAGGAUUUGCUGGAAAAAUAUCUGUAUCCUCUAGAUGAAAAUAAGGAAGAAAAGGCCCGUAUAGCAUCAGACCUGAAGGAAUUGCGAGACCAGUCAGUAUUUGCUUUCUUUAUGAUGAACGCCAUCUUCGUAUUAAUCGUAUUCUUGCUGACCUUGAAAAAAGACUAUCUGCACAUAAAAUGGCCUUUCGGAGUCCGGACGAACAUAACCUACGACGAAACCACACAAGAGGUACACAUCUCGAAGGAAUAUCUACAACUUGAACCCAUUGGUUUGGUGUUUGUAUUCUUCUUCGCACUCAUUUUGGUCAUCCAGUUCACCGCCAUGUUGUUCCAUCGAUUUGGAACAUUAGCCCACAUCCUGGCAUCGACUGAACUCAACUGGUCUUGCACAAAGAAGAAAGAGGAAAUGUCACCGAAUGCCCUGCUGGACAAACAAGCGGUGGAGAUAGUCAAACAACUUCAGCGAUUGCAAGGCAUCGACGGAGACUACGAUAACGAUUCCGGAUCUGGGCCAGACAGGAUAGGCAGGAGGAAGACGAUCCACAAUCUCGAGAAGGCUGCACAAAAGAAGCGACAAAUCGGUACUUUGGAUGUGGCUUUCAAGAAACGAUUCGCCAAGCUCAACGCCAAUCCUGAAGCAGGCACCCCAGUCCUCAGCAGACGCAUGACCAUGCGCCGCGAGACGAUGAAAGCGCUCGAGGUGCGCAUCAACUCCGUCAUGGCGGAGCGCCGAAAAUCGCACAUGCAGACCCUCGGCGCCAAGAACGAUUUCGCCGCCCUCGGCAACAACAACAACGCCUCGCGCAACCACCGCAACAGCGUGGCGAGCAGCGUGCCCGCCAAAGAGGUGUUCGAGAACGGUCACGUGAACCAGGCGUUCGACGAGGAAGUGUACGGCAGCAGGAACUCGCUGCCGAUGCACUCGCGAGGGAACACCGUCAGUUGGAUGGGCGGCAACAGCAGGAUGUGA